CGUUAAACCUGGGGCUUCGUUACAGCACCGCCGUAUCCAACAGUGUAAAUAGGCUAGGAGGAAAAACAGGAACUGCAACCACAAUCAUGAAAUCAUCCGGCUGGCUGUCUCUUUUCCUGGUGCUCUCCCUUCUGGCUGGAGCCAGGGCCUACAAUGCAAAGAAGUGCGAUGACACACCGACCGAGACUGGGCCGUGCAAGGGGGAAUUCGAGAUGUGGCGCUUCGACAGGGUCAACCGGCAGUGCGAGUCCUUUAUCUUCGGCGGCUGUCAAGCAACCAACAACUUUUUCGAGUCCGGAAUGCACUGUGUUUUAAACUGCCUGAAACAUCACGAAUUCUAAGUAUAAAUACCAAUAUUUAUGGCCCGUUGAUGUCUGAUGUCUGUAAUCCCCCGAAACAUUCCUACAGCUCUGCAAAAAAAAAGUUUCCAUCUGAGAUUUGCAAUUUAACAACAAAGUUGAAUGGAGUAAAAGGGCGGU